CGUCUCUCCAUGCUUCCCUGGUGGGAGGGUCUAAUGCGCAAGGAAAAGACGCAAGUGAGGGACGGAAGGAUUGCAUUUAAGAGAAGUGAGAUGCAGCCACAGUCACAAUUGUGCAGCGGCAAGCAGAAGUAAAAGCUUCAAACAUUGAAUAACAGCAGAAGAAGAAGCGACAUUGUUCCUCUGCGUGUGAAAGAUGUCCAGACUUCAGAGUCUAAAGCAGUAUAUCAACCAGCGGCUCACUGCGGCUGUCGAGGACAUAUUUGAGCACUUUGAAAGAACAAUAACCGAGUAUGAAGAAGAGAUGGACCUCCGACACCGCAAACUGUGCGAGUUGGUUUCAAGACCUGCAAUACACCUACAGACAGAAGCAGAUGUCCAGCAGCUGGUUAAUGAAGACGUUCCCCCUGAGCAGCAGGAAGGCCAGGAAAACCCAGAGCCCCCCCCACACAUAAAACAGGAACAGGAGGAACUCUGGAGCAGUCAGGAGGGAGAGCAGCUUCAAGGGCUGAAUGAAGCAGAUGUCACCAAGUUCACCUUCACUCCUGUCCCUGUGAAGAGUGAGCAUGAUGAAGAGAAACCUCAGUCCUCACAGCCUCAUCAAAGACAAACUGAACACAUGGAAGCAGAAGCUGAUGGAGAGGAAUGUGGAGGACCAGAACCAGCCAGGGACUCAGAUCCAGAGAGACAUUUACUACCAGAGACUGAGGACAAGAAACCAUUUGGAUGUGCAGAGUGUGGGAAAGAUUGGAAAGGAACACAUCUGAAUACACACAUGAGAACUCACACAGGAGAGAAACCAUUCAGCUGCGCGUUCUGUGAGAAAUCCUUUACACAGAGCGGAAGUUUACAGAAACACAUUAGAAUUCACACUGGAGAGAAACCAUACAAUUGCUCAGUAUGCGGUAAAGCUUUCAUUGAAAGUGGAAAUCUGACAAGACACAUGAUAACUCACACAGGAGAGAAACCCUUCAGCUGCUCAGUUUGUGCGAAAACCUACAGAAGCAAGGCUGACCUCAGGAGACACAUGAGAACUCACACAGGAGAGACUCUCUUUAGCUGCUCAUUUUGUAACCGCAAAUUUCCCUGGCGUUAUCAGGUCAAUACACAUAAAUGUGUUGGUCGUCAGUCCUCACAGCUUCAUCAGACUCAGAGUGAGGAGAACUGAGAGGCAGAGCCAGGAGCUGGAGACUCUUCAAGGGUUCACAUAUCCAUGGAAAGUCUGCAAAAUGUUUGAAAUGCUAAAGUUCCAUACCGUUUUCUGUUUAAUUAAUUGUUACAGUAUUCUUUGUUGGAUAACCUUCCAUGCAGUGUAACAUGUUCCAUACAUUACUGAUCAUUUAUUUCAGUAGCUGUUGUCAUGACGUUGCACUAAAAUACUUUGACGAUCAAUGUUUGUUUACCGUCUUUUACAUUUCAUUGUUUUUUCCUCUGCGCUCGUACACAAUCCAUCGCUUUUCUACUGUUGUUUUUAUUGAUUCUCAGUGGAGUGUGAUGCUAUAAAGAAAAUAUUAUUAUUAAAUAUUUGUUUUGGUGAAGAAGCAUACGGACAUGUAUGAGCCUGCAUGUGUACAUAGCCUGCCACCCUUGAAAGCCAGUGCCAGCGUAAUUCACACACUGUCUACAUGUUUGUGUUAGCAUUGUUUUUAGACUUGCAUCCAGAAAUGUGUUAAUAAUCAAAUGCAUUACAAAUAUACUGAUUGUUUGUACUGAUGUAUGCCUUAAAGCAGGGGUCUCCAACCUUUUUUAGGAUGAGAGCUACUUUCAAAAAAUAAAACAAGUCGUGAGCUACUUUUA